CGUGGCUCUCCGUUUUCCCAUUUCACCAUCUCUAACACGGUUUCAAAUCGCUCAUCCAGUCAACAAUAAAUGAUCAUCAAUACAUCCAUUGAAUACAGAAUACGUUGAUGUACGCAAGGCCCUAAAUCUCCAUUAAGUGUGAGAGCAGUCUCUUCAGAUGCUCUAAAUCCCGACCGACUUGCUACAACUCAAUCCACACCGCCAACAUGAAUAUCAUCACCUUCAUGCAAAACCGGCCUCGACUUACGGGUGUGGUCUCAUUUGCUGCUGCCGGCACAUUAGUCGCCGCAUACCUUGGCAAACGACGCCUUGACCGGUCAUGCCCGAGAAUCUCCAUCACGGAGCUCCCAAAGUCAAGUGCUUGUCGCAACCUCGUGGAGAGCGGCGAAGCAGUUCCGAAGUCAGUCUGGGGGAUGGAAAAGUCAGCUUUGCUGACCUCGUGGUCUGGUGGGGACAAAACCCGCUGGGUCCCCUCCUUCGCAGCCCUUCAAGCGGAUGUUCCCGUAUCCCUUCUCGCUGGAUACGGGGCAUUUCAAAGCAAAAAGAGUAACGCCGAGGAGGAUGAUGCGCAUCGCCUGAUGCAGAAUUUAGUUGCCGCCUUUCUUGAUGCGCGGGCCGCAGGGCCGGAGGCGUGGUAUCUGGACAAAGAGGUGCCGCCAUUGUCCUUCGCGCCCGGUAGCCUAUUAUUCGGCGAUCAGGCCACCAUGGGAGCCUUUAUGCUUGGUUCCUGGAGUACAAACCGGAAGACUUCUAUCCAGCCUCAAUCUCUGAGCUCAGAAGCCACUGAGCCUUGCUCUGGGUUCCCGUCGAACCGGGACGCGAUCCAAGACAGUCCUACGGACACAGCCGGAGCUGUUAUGUACUGGAAAUUCCCCGACGGGCUGGUCCGAAUAGUGGACAAGGCAGCAUCGUACGGUCUCCCGUGGCGGUUCAUGGACGGCGGAUUUCAAGAAUUUAUUGUGGAGAAGGUGUCAGAUGAAACGGCGAGGGUGACAUACAUCAGUGUUGAAUGCUCUAAUCUGCACCCCGGCGGCCAAUCUACAAGGGAUUUCAAGAUGUUGCCAUGGCUGGCUUACGAGGUUCACGUAUUAUAUGCGCAGCACCUCUGGCAUAAUACUGUGAUGCAACUCACUAAGCGCACGAAAACAUGAGAUGAUUUCUAGACGAGCAUUAUGAUAGAGAGUAGUAAUAAAGAUACCACCCCGCUCAUCC